CAGCCAGUCGUCCUGGUCCUGCUUGGAGAGAGACGACGGCAUCAGCAGCAACAGCACGGCAUUCCGGGGAAACACCAUGCAUCUUAGGCUGAAAAGACGACUGGAGCCAAACAUCAUUUCGCUUUCUUAUAUUUGAUUUCCGUAUAUUUUUUCUUUCGUUUCGUCCUUUUUGUUUCUCCUUUUUUAGCCAAUUUCUGACGCGCAAGGACACUACAGCAUCCAUCCACGGCAGACACGCUCACAUAGAGCCUCCUCUGUGCAGACGCACCACCAUCCUCCUCUUUCCUUCCUUCCUUCCUUCCUUCCUCCCACUCUCCUCCUCUCCUCUCUCCUGUUCUGUUCUAACCCAGAGGACAUCGGGACCUCUUCUCCCCCCGUUUGCCCGGAGACAUGGAUCUAUGGUUUCAUUCGAUCCGGAUUUGCUGGUGGAGGGUUUUGUUUCUGAUGAGUGUUUUCCAGGACUAUCUGAGCUCCAUGCUGGACUGCCCGCCGACCUGCAGCUGCUCUCAAACAGAGAUCUAUUGCAAUAAGUCCGAUAACGGCAGGUUUUUCCCUUUACUCGCCCUGCAAGAUACUGGGAGCAAUGGGACCAGUGUUGACAUAGCAGAGUUAUUCAAAAACAUCACCUCUAUACACAUAGAGAACUGGACGGGAUUGCAGACUCUGAGAGAUGUCGAUAUGGAGCUCUACACUGGACUACAGAGGCUAACUAUCAUGAAUUGCAACCUGAGGGUGAUCCAGGCUCGAGCGUUCGCUCAGAAUCCACACAUACGCUACAUAAACUUGUCAAAGAAUCCUCUCAGCACUUUGUCAUGGCAGCUCUUCCAGCACCUCCAAAUCUCCGAGCUGCGCCUGGAAGGCGUGGUGUUUGACUGCGGCUGUGAUAUCCGCUGGAUCCAGCUGUGGCAGCAGAGAGGAGAGGCCGGGCUCCACACACAGCAGCUGUACUGCAAGAACGGAGCCUCCAAGAUACGACUGCACAACAUGUACAUCCACAACUGUGGUAAGAGGAGGAAUAGAGGGAGAAAGAGGAUGGAGGGCGACAAUGUGACCGUGAGCUGCAAUGGAUCUGGAUCACCGCUGCCUGAAGUGGACUGGACUGUUAGCGGCCUGCACUCCAUCAAUACACACCUGUCCAAUGUAUACUGGCCGAACAUCCACUCUAUCAACCUGACUCUUUUCAACAUCAGCCGAGAUGACAACAACUUCCAGCUGACCUGCAUUGCAGAGAACGUGGUGGGGAUGACAAACUCCUCCAUCCAGCUCAACGUACAAUUUCCUCCAGUCAUCCUGAGACUGGCUGAGCCCGAGCAGCGCCAUGAUACCUGCAUUGAGUUCACGGUUCGGGGUUACCCCCAUCCCAAGCUGCGCUGGUUCUACAAGCAAAAGGAGAUUCUCCAGAACGAUUACAUCCGAACUGACAUGGACUUCUACCAGGACUAUCUGGAGGGCUGUCUGACCUUCCAGAACCCAACACACAUCAACAAUGGCAACUACACUCUUGAGGCCAGCAACCCUUUGGGAACAGUCACCAAGACAGUGUAUGGUCACUUCCUCAUGGCCCCCGACAUGGAAGAAAAGGACAUAGUGGAACUAGUUCCUUCGAUGCCGUCAGAUGGUGAUUCAGGCCGACCAGAUGAAGAUACAUUUGGGGUUUCCAUCGCUGUGGGUUUGGCAGGCUUUGCUUGCGUCCUCCUCCUCGUCCUUUUUGUUCUCAUCAACAAAUACGGCCGGCGCUCCAAAUUCGGUAUGAAAGGUCCUGUAGCUGUGAUCAGUGGUGAGGAAGACUCUGCCAGCCCUCUUCAUCAUGUCAACCAUGGGAUUAUUACCCCCUGUACUCUGGAUGCGGGCCCUGAUGCGGUUGUCAUAGGGAUGACUCGUAUUCCUGUGGUGGAGAAUCCUCAGUACUUUAGGCAUGGACACAACUGCAACAAGCCAACCACCCUUGUCCAGCAUAUAAAGCGGAGAGACAUCAUCCUGAAGAGGGAGUUGGGUGAAGGAGCGUUCGGAAAAGUCUUCUUGGCAGAGUGCUACAACCUCAGCCCCACCAAGGACAAGAUGCUGGUAGCUGUCAAGACACUGAAAGAUCCCAACCUGUCGGCAAGAAAGGACUUCCAGAGGGAGGCAGAGCUGCUGACCAAUCUGCAGCACGACCAUAUCGUUAAAUUCUACGGAGUGUGUGUGGACGGAGACCCUCUCAUCAUGGUGUUCGAAUACAUGAAGCAUGGAGACCUCAACAAAUUCCUCAGAGCCCACGGCCCAGACGCCAUGAUCCUGGUAGAUGGCCAGCCGCUGCAGUCUAACGGAGAGCUGGGCCUUUCCCAGAUGCUGCACAUCGCCACGCAGAUUGCCUCGGGCAUGGUCUACCUGGGCUCCCAGCACUUCGUCCACAGAGAUCUUGCAACCCGUAAUUGUCUGGUGGGCAAUGGCCUGUUGGUUAAGAUUGGAGACUUUGGCAUGUCCAGGGACAUCUACAGCAGUGACUACUACAGGGUUGGAGGACAUACCAUGCUACCUAUUCGCUGGAUGCCCCCAGAGAGCAUCAUGUACAGGAAAUUCUCCACGGAAAGCGAUGUCUGGAGCUUUGGAGUCAUUUUGUGGGAGAUCUUUACCUAUGGGAAGCAGCCUUGGUUUCAGCUGGGCAACAACGAGGUUAUUGAGUGCAUAACCCAGGGUCGGGUUCUGGAGAGGCCACGGAUCUGUCCUAAGGAGGUAUAUGACAUCAUGUUGGGCUGCUGGCAGAGGGAACCGCAGCAGCGACUGAACAUUAAGGACAUUCAGAAGGUCUUGUUCGCCAUGGGGAAAGCCACGCCGGUCUACCUGGACAUCCUGGGCUAGCAGUGGCCCGGGGUGGCCUGUUCUUCACCAGACAGACAGAACGACAGAGACUUACAGACAGACCAACCCACACCAAUCCAGGAAUAACCAAACCAACCUACUCCACUGUCGAAAAACACCUACAAUGUUUGGGAAGGACUUAAGUGCCUGCAACACUUUUGGAUAUAGUGGAUAAAACGUAUUCAAAAAACACGCACUUUUACAUUUUGUUUACUUGCGUAUAAGAUGUACAGGUUUGAAGAAGACUCUUUUUUUUUUCUCGAAAAACUGCAAAAAUACACAGAAAUGGAUACAAAGUAAAGUGGACUGGCAAAAGGAAAAUGGCCACAGUUAUAUUAUGGAGAGAAUACAUCAGAGUUAAAAUCUAUCCUGGGUUUGGUUUUAUGAAUAUAUAUAGAAAUAUUACAUAUAUUUUAUAUUUAUUUCUUUUUGUCAGGGUGUUAAAGGGUCUGCCAUGUGUGUUGCUAAGGGCUCGGCCCUGUCCGAAGACGUCACCGACAAACUAUUGGCAGGGACUUGACGAUGGUAGCCUUACUUGCACUCUGACUGGCUGGCACGGAGCUUUUAAUGGGAACUCUGAUGAAAAAAAGGAGCGUGCUGUAGAGGAACUACCCAAUCAAAUCUAUUUUAAUUUAAAAAAUAAUGUACAUAUUGUAAAAUUCUAUGUGUCAAAAUUAUGUUAACUUAUUUUUUCGGUGUUAUUUUGGUUCCUUUUCUGACUGUGAUCUGGGUGGCUAAAGUAUAAAGCUAUGGUAUUUGUUUUCAUCCUAAUCUAGAGGAGAUUUAUCUUGGGAAUUACCUGUGUCAGUGAUGGUAGGUUGUCUUAUGUGGUGAAGGCGAAUGGCAAUGAAUACAGUUUGAAAAGUCAGCUGACACCGAAUCACAGAGACUCUGGAGAAUGGGGGGACGACUCGCAGCCAUCAACGACACUUUUCCAAAGAGGUGAUGAAGCCUCAUAUUCACUUUCCAGUUCAUUUGCUUUUUAUGGCAAGAAUAACGCGUUGAUAAGGAAUAUCUUACACCACACCUCUCAAACACAUACGCACGCUUUGAAAAAUUGCUCUGUCAUUGUUAGGCGUUUUGGUGUGAAACUGCUUUUCCACUCUAAAGAAAACAUUUUUGUAACUGGAAGUAUGAAUCAUUUGUCCUGCAGGUGAGCUGCCUCACAUUUAAAAAAUAAAAUCUGUAACUUAAAAGAAAUAGUUAGACAUUUUGGGAAAUACACUUAUUCGCUUUCCUGCUGAGAGUUAUGAAGAAGAUUGCUGCUACUCUCGUAUCUGUCAGAUCAAUAUGAAGCUAUAGUCAGUAGGCGUUUAACUUAGCCUAGCAUUAAAGACUGGACACAUAGGCUGCUGGACGUAGCUUAGUAUAUACUGUACAGACACAAGAGUGGUAUUGAUCUCGUCAUCUAACUCAAAUUUUUAGGUUAAUACCAUAAGGAUCCUGUCACUUCACAAGCCGAAAAGGAGCACGAUGGCUUUUCCCCCUCACAUUCCAUUCAGAACAACACACAAAAAAGCAUUUUGUUUUUACUGUUCUGAUUUCUUUUCCAUCAACUGUACAUGACUCACAGUCACUUUUUUCUUCCUCACACUCGUGGCCUUUGCAUGUUUAGCAAUGAUGAGGUUUUGCACCCGUCUAUUGCUUUGUUAAAAACCCCUUCUGCUACGACCAGAGAGGAGCCACUGAAGCAGGUACAUCAGAAAUAAUAAUCACUGAAGCAGAUUAGCUAACUGUGUGGUAUUGCGCGUUCCAUAUUUUUGAUAAUUAGUAUUUAAUGAACUGGAAAACAUGAGUUUUGUUCCAAAAUGUGGCAAUUAACAUGACCCCUAAAAUGCAUAACAGCAAAAAAAAUGAAAAAAAAUGAAAACCAAAUGAAAUUACUUUUAAAGACUCGUUCCUAAUUAAGUGCUCGAAAUGAGUUCAUUUUUACUGAGUGAAUUCUGUAGAUUUCUUAGACACUGAAUGAUAAACCUCAGGCAACAAUUUUAUUUUAUGUUGUAUCUGGAUAUAUAGCGUUUUGGAGUGGAAUUCUUCACAUCUCUUCCUUAUUAUCCUGACAUGACUUCUCACAAUAUCACAGUGUUGUCUCUGUUCCCCUUGGGACUAUGUAAAUCAUUAAUGAGCAUUCAGUUAUUUCAAGUAUUUUAUAUGAAAGGCAGGAUCAAAUCCAACGAGUUACCCAAAGCAUUGAGUUUUUGUGUAUUCUCUUGUGGUAAAGAUAAACGCUUAAAGACAUUAUGACACAGACCUUGAGCAUUUGCAGGGUAUUGUAAUCCUUUCAUGGUGAGUUGAAUAUUGUUUAAAAAGUAAUUUUUUUCUUUUCUUGGAUGAACUAACUGAACACUUUUUGAAGCAAAGUUGGCAUAUUACCAUGUACACAUGUUACAGAAUAUAAAAAUGUGGUAUAACAACUGCAGUAUAUAAAAUACUGGUAUUCCAUGAUAGAUCUUUGUAUUAAUGUGACUCUCUUAAGAAAAUGUCUUCAAACAAUCAGACGAUCUCCUUUUCCAUUUUGUCCUGUCUUAUAAAGAUGUGUAAAUUUGA